UCACCACACCCUUAUAAAUAAGGCCUGAUGAAUCUUCAUACUCCACCGUAGCUCAUCCCAACACAAACAAAUAAGCUUUCCUAUUACAGACUUUUGCCAAGAAACAUUAGCCAUAGUUUCUUCUUUUUUUUUUCCCCCUUUCUUUUAGCCAAAGAACUUGACUGUAUAGCAAAAGAAACUAUCUUUUGUUUUCUUGAUUUGUUAGUGAUCAGUUCAAGAAAUGGAUAGGGUGAGAGACUUGGCAUCAACUAGGGCUGCAGUCAUCUUUACUAAGAGUUCAUGUUGCAUGUGCCACAGUAUCAAGACACUUUUUUAUGAGCUUGGUGCGAGCCCUGCGAUUCAUGAGCUCGAUCGCGACGCCAAUGGGAGAGAAAUGGAGUGGGCUUUAAGAGGCCUAGGAUGUAAUCCUUCAGUCCCUGCUGUUUUUAUUGGUGGAAAAUAUGUAGGUUCAGCGAAAGAUGUCUUAUCCCUUCAUUUGGAUGGCUCAUUGAAGCAAAUGCUUAUAGAUGCUAAAGCUAUCUGGUUCUAGCUACUAGUAUAUUACUAGCUGAGCUCUCUGCAAAUAAUAACCUAUAGUACUACUCAAGUUUUUGUUGUAGUACUAUGAAUAUCUAUAUAUG